UGAAUCGUCCUUCACAUGUAAAAAAAACUCACUAAUUCUUUAACCCCCCAAUGAAAAAACACCGAAUAGUAAAAUAACUGCAACACAUGACACUCUGUGGGGAAUUUGGUUCCUGAACGGCAGCUGAUCCAAAACCUCUAAAUCCGGGGUUGCAUGUGAAAGCGACGAAGAUUGAAUCGUGCGCGUGAGACCGAACUUCUCUUCCUUCCCUCGGUCAGACAUUAAUAUCCUCUUCCUCCACACCACAUUCUUCGAUUCCCGCAUAGAUUCGCAUUAGAGAUUGGAGAUUGUACAUUAUUUAGAUUUCGAAUCGCAGCAAAGAUGGGCAAGACGUUCACUACGCAAGAUGUUGCGGCGCACAAUAAGCCGAAUGAUCUAUACAUUGUCGUCGACGAGGAUGUGUACGACCUCACACAAUUCCAGGAUGAGCAUCCAGGCGGAAAGAAGAUCCUCACCCGGGUAGCCGGAAAGGACGCCUCGAAGCAAUUCUGGAAAUACCAUAACGAAGGUAUUCUCAAGAAAUACAAAUCGAAACUACAAGUCGGCUCCCUCAACACCAAGAAGGCUGCUGCAGAGCCAGCGCCUGCGCCGGUAGAAGAAAAGAAGGAGAUCGUGAAGCCCAAAGCGGAGAGCGGGGCUGUGGUCCCCGUUCCUGCUGUCGAGGAGUUCGAGACGUUGGAUCCAUUUGGGGAUUUGAUUCCCUUCGCAGACCCAAGUUGGUAUCAAGGUUACCACUCCCCUUACUUCAACGAAACGCACGCCGCGCUCCGCGAAGAAGUCCGCGAAUGGGUUAGUUCCGAGAUUGAGCCGUUCGUCGGCGAAUGGGACGAGGCUCGAAAGGUGCCUGAUGAGAUCUACAAGCAGAUGGGGACCCGCGGGUACCUGGCUGGACUGAUGGGCAUGCAUUACCCUGUGGACUACACCGAGAAUCGCAUAAAAUCCGUGCCGGCAGAGAAGUGGGAUCUUUUCCAUGAAAUGUUACUCACGGAUGAGCUGUCUCGUUCCGCGUCUGGUGGAUUUGUGUGGAAUGUUAUUGGAGGGUUUGGAAUUGGGUGUCCGCCUUUGGUGAAGUUUGGAAAGAAAGAGUUGGUUAAGAGGAUCUUACCUGGGAUUUUGAAUGGAGAUAAGAGGAUUUGUUUGGCGAUUACGGAGCCGGAUGCGGGGUCUGAUGUAGCCAAUUUGGGAUGUGAAGCUGUUUUGAGUGAGGAUGGGAAACAUUAUAUUGUCAACGGAGAGAAGAAGUGGAUUACCAAUGGUGUCUGGUGUGAUUACUUCACCACAGCAGUUAGGACAGGAACGAAAGAGAGUGGCAUGAACGGUGUAUCAGUCCUUCUCAUCGAGCGAAGCAUGGGAGGAGUCAGUACUCGAAAGAUGGACUGCCAAGGCGUCUGGUCUUCCGGCACAACAUACAUAACCUUCGAAGAUGUCAAAGUGCCUGUUGAGAACCUCAUCGGCAAAGAAAACCAAGGAUUCAAAGUCAUCAUGACAAACUUCAACCACGAACGCAUAGGCAUCAUCAUCCAAUGCCUCCGCUUCUCCCGCGUCUGCUACGAAGAAUCCAUCAAAUACGCGCACAAGCGCCGCACCUUCGGCAAGAAACUCAUCGAGCACCCAGUCAUCCGGCUCAAACUCGCGCACAUGGCGCGCCAGAUCGAAGCCUCGUACUCCUGGCUCGAAUCGCUGAUCCACCAAAUCUCGCACAUGCCAGAACAGCUCGCGAUGCUGCGACUAGGCGGUCCGAUCGCGGGCCUUAAGGCGCAGGCGACGGUCACGUUUGAGUUUUGUGCGAGGGAAGCGAGUCAGAUUUUUGGGGGGUUGAGUUAUAGCCGUGGAGGGCAGGGAGGGAAGGUCGAGAGGUUGUAUAGGGAUGUGAGGGCGUACGCUAUUCCAGGGGGAAGCGAGGAGAUUAUGCUUGAUUUGAGUAUUAGGCAGAGUUUGAGAGUUGGGAAGGUUAUGGGGAUGAAGUUGUAGUUGGGGUAACGGUGAGGUUGGUUGGGUAAAAUUGUACUCUAGAAUGCGUGCGUUGGAUUAGGUUGGCAUUUUGGUCAUGGAUGGAUAGGGGUAUAGAAAUGAAGCCCUAAUUCUAGUUUUUCCU